AUGACAGGACUAGGUUCUUCAUGUGGAGCAUGCAAGUUCCUGAGAAGAAGGUGUACAAGCGAAUGCGUCUUUGCACCUUACUUCUCUUACGACCAUGCAACAAGUCACUUUGCUGCUGUUCACAAGGUUUUUGGUGCAAGCAACGUCUCUAAACUAUUGCUGCACCUCCCUGUACAGAAUCGAAAUGAUGCUACCAUAACUUUAUCCUAUGAAGCACUGUCACGAAUGCAGGACCCUAUUUACGGUUGUGUUUCACAUAUUCUUGCACUGCAAAAAUUGGUGGCCAACCUCGAGGAGGAGAUAGAAAUCAUCGGAAAUCAAAUGGCUAAUCUUGGAGUUUAUACAUCUAGUUAUGAGACUUCUCAACAAACUUAUAUCCCAAAUGAUGUUUUGCAAUUUUCCCCUAGGUAUGAUAUAAUGUGCGAUCAUACUAAUCAACAAAGUCUACAACUUCAACAAGGAAAUUUAUCAGCAAAUCAAGCUUGCUCUAGCCAAAUGAACAUACAGUUUCCCCAGGGAAAUGUAUUUGAGGAUGGGAUUCUCCAAGCAUACUCCGGUUCCAGCGUCUUUGACAGAUCCUAUGAAGAACUAAGCAAAGAUAUUUAUCUUCAUUCUCAAUGGAUGUGCAGCAUCCUAUAUUCCAGAUGA